AUGGUCUUCCUUGUGAGUAAGAAGUGGGAAGAGAGGGAACAGAGAGAAGAGAGUGGUAGAUCAUCGUAUGGUAAAAAGGAAACGAGAUAUAUUGAGGAAACUCCGACUCGACUACAUAUCCGUACCUGGAAUGUAAGACUUACUAAGCUCGAUUAA